AUGAAUGGCUGUCUUUCUCUUGUCGAUGAGCCCGUCUCCUAUCAUAAGUCUGAGGAUUUGAAAUUCUCUAAACACAUUAAAACGUCAAAGGAUAGAGAGCUCAAUGGAGAGGGUGAGUCCCAGUACACCAUUACUCACUGCAGCUACAGAUGUGGAUAUACGGACGAGAGGGUCUCUGUAGAGAAACACGAGAAAGAACUCUGCCAGAUGCGUCCAUACAAGUGCCAGUACUGCCAAUACGAGGCAACCUAUCAAGACGUGACCGAGCUUCAUCAGAGGACCUGCCUGAGAUUCCCAGUUCAGUGUCCAUACAGCUGUGGGGCUGAGAUGACCCGCUAUGAUCUUGUCUCACACAUUGAGAAAGAGUGCAGCCUAGUCCCAGGAGAGUGCGAGUUUGCAUGGGCCGGCUGCAACCAGGGGCCAUUGACACGCUCCGAACUCUCCUCUCAUGCCCAAUCGCACCACGUCCAACAUCUCUCUCUCCUCACUGAGGCCUGCUCCGGCCUAGCUAGGGACAAUAAGGAGCUGAGAGAGAAGCACGAGAAACUACAAAAAUCCAAUUCGGACCUACUCCUCGUCUGUAAUCAGCUCUACUCAGUAGUGACCGGUAACCUUCCCUCCUUACCCAUAAAACUGGCAUUCAAUGAGAUGACUGAGCUGGAUAAAUCUGCAUAUUUCUAUUCAAGUAGAUUUGGAUAUAAAAUGUCGGUGGAGUACCAUCGAUCGGCAAUGAUAGAAUCUUCCUCUUCCUCUUUGCUGGAAAGAGAUAUCAUGUAUGAUAAGUUAGAGCUAACAGUUCAUAGUGGAGUCUUUGACAAUCAAUUGGACUGGCCUUUCAAUCGAAACGUGACCAUAGGCUGUGUUAUAAGACACAACGAUACCAGCUUCUGUCUUAAGUUAGUUCUAUCUCAAACUGAUUCCACCGAUCCCAAGACACUGUUCCUGUCUCCAGUCCCAUUGGUAGAUCCAGAGGAAGACAAGGAGAGGUUCCUGGUCCAUGUAGUAUAUACUGGAGACACUAGCCCGUGGUAUUGUGAGAGUGUUGAGAUACUCUCUAUUGACUAA